UUUCCGGCGCGUGCAGUGUGCACCGCUCCAUGUGUGCUCGUGCUGUAGGCUCGCAACUUCGCGAGGAUAAUUCAAAAUAGUUCAGAAUUUUUUACUCUAGUGGCCAGUAGUGGGUUUCAAGAUUUCACUAAAGGCGGUUUUUAGGGUGAUUUUUACGUUAAACUAACUCGAGACCACAAAUUCUGUAUAGUUGCGAAUACAAUGCCGCCACCCGGAAGAGGAGCUGGACCGAUGCACAAAUCCCCAGUUCCUCUUGUUUUGCCAGAUAUCGCAGCGGAGAAGCCCCCGCCGUACAAUUACGCUAGCGUGCCCCCGGGUCCGGCUUUCCAUCGACCACCUUCCCCGCUGCCGCCGCACCGGCCUCCUCUCGGGCAUCCGCAUCCACCACCGCCCCCUCCGGUUAUCUACAACGCCUACCAUCUGCCGCCGCAUCCCCAUCCGCGCCCGCCCAGUCCGUUGCCGCCCAUCCAUCCCGUUGUCCGUCCGCCGCUGCCAUCGGCCAGUUUCUCCAGCAUUAACGUGACGCUGAACGCCCCCGUUGAAUUGCCGCGUCAGGCCGCCUCCCAGCCGGUGAUCAUGGCCGCUGCCAAUACCAACACUGUUUAUCAGCCGCUUCCGCAGACGGUGGCUCCGCAAACCGUCGUUUAUCAGGCCAAUCCACCGGUCACUUCCGCAUACCAUGCACAGGCACCAUUGAUUGCACCCCAACCCAGUACCGUGAUUGUCAAUGCUGGUCCCGCUCACUCUCAGGCCGGAACACUGGUGGUCGAGAAGAAACGAGGGCGAUUCUGGAUUCCCUGCUGGCUGCACUGCUUAAUUAGCAUUUUAUUUCCGCCUUGGAUUAUUGUGUGGAUCUUUUGCUGCCUCUGCGGGGAAACCAGCCGGACCAAAACCACGAUCAUUCGUUGAAAAUGCAGAAGUAUUUUUGAUACGAUCUUCGAUUUGAACGAUUUUUGUCAAUGGCAGAUGGAUUCGAAUUUAUAGUAUACGGGUAGUAGAUGAAUAUUUUUGUGGUAAACUGACGGUGUUUGCUCUUGUGCUUUUUUGUGUGAAAGUUUCUGGUGAUGUUCGUUCUUUAAGAUUAUAUGGGCAGUACUUUGUAAAAUGACGUAUGGUUGAGCAUUUCGUAUUUUGAACAGUUUUAAGGUUUUCGCACUGGUGAGCCGUUAAGAAAAGUUGUGAAUACGUUGCAACGUUUGGCCGGCAAAUAUGAAUUCAA